GCUCCCGCCGCCGCCGCGCCUGCUGCAUGCUCGCUGCUCCAGCCCCAGCCGGAGGUGGAAGAUGGCGGAGCCGGGGCCGGAUUGCAGCUCUCUGCUCGAUGAGGAUCUCUCCUCCUUCGUCUUCAGUUACCUCGCUGACAGCCAGUAUGAGGUGUCUGGCGAGGAGCACCUCUACUCUGACUUCCCUGAGAUCGAUCUGUCCCAGCUGGACGCCGGUGACCUGGACUCUGCUGGCUGCUUCAGUGAGCUGCACUGGGGAGGGGAGCACUCAGAGACCGACUCCAGCCAGUACAGCACCGACGACUCCGAGCUCUUCCAGAUAAUAGACAGCGAGAACGAAGCGCUGCUGGCAGCCCUCACCGAGACUUUGGAUGAUAUACAGGGAGAUGACAUGGGCCUGGCUGCCUUCCCAACUAUGGAAGAGGGGGACACGCUCAACCCUGCCACCACCUCACCUGCCCCCUCCCCCAAACCCACCGCCCCGGUCACGGGGGGGCCGCCCCCGGCCCCCGAGUGUGAUGAGCUGUCUCUACUGAAGAAGCUGCUCCUGUCUCCAUCACCUCCCAGCUGUGAGGUUCAGCGGGACGGGAGCGCCCGGCGCCCGGGGACCCCAAAAUCCCGUCCUGCACGGCCCUGCACAAAGGUGGAGGGUCCCCGGGACAGGAGGGCGAGCGUCCCGCAGGCGCAGAGCCGCAGCUGCACGGAGCUGCACCGGCACCUCACCUCCAGCACCUCCUGCUCCCAGACCAAAACCCCCCAGGCCCCCGAGGAGUGCCCGGGCAGCGGCCACCACCCCUCCCUGGGCGACUGCUCCCAGCACGAGGACGACAGUGACUGCAGCGAGGACUCGCUGAGCUCCGGCGACUCGCUGGCCGCGCUGUCCUCGGCGGAGGAAGGCGCUGGCAGCCAGUUCUCCUGCGAGGGCGAGCUGCACUCGGUGCUGGAGCUGAUCCGCUACAUGCACACCUACUGCCUGCCCCCUCGCAAGCUGCCCGCCCGCGACCCCGCCGACAGCAAGCCCCAGCCCUGCGGCAGCCCCUUCAAGAGAGCCAAAGCAGACUGUGCCCCCGCGCCAGGCGGUGCCCAGAGCCGGCCGGGCUGCGCCUGGCAGGCACCUGGCAGCUGCAAGAAACCCGGAGCGUCCUUCUCCAUCCUGAAGGAGCUGCUGGCGCGGGACCUGCUGUGCGAUGUCAGCAAGCCGUACCGCCUGGGCAAGCCCGUGUACGCCGCCCUGGCGCGGCCGCCCGGCUCCUGCUCCCCCGUGCCUGACGGCGAGGAUGCCAGCGGGACUUGCACGUCCAGGGUGAAAGCAGCAGAGAAGGGAGAGCCCCGGCAGAGCCCCGAGGUGGAAGGGCCACGGGAGCUGGGUGGCCUUGAGGACGAUGCUGGCAGGCAGGAGGGCGCCCUGGGCACGGGGAAGGUGGCCCGCAAGCAGGACAGCGCCGCUCACGCCGUGCGCCGCUCCAAGAGACUCAACCCCGAGCUCGGGCACUGGCUGUCCUUCCUUGAGCCCCCUGCUGAGUCCUCGGUGCCCCUGGGCUGCAGGGAGGCGCAGUGCCCAGUGCUGGAGGGCUUCUCUGCUGAGGAGCCAGCUGCUGAAGUGGAGGUGGGGGGCACAGCCCCGUCGGGAGAGCCCCAGCCCCUCUGCCUGGGCUCCCUGGGGGACGGCGAGGUGGGCACUGAGAGCCGGCGCUGUGCCCUCCUGGAGCAAACAGAAACACCCAGGUGUCUCACGCUGUCCUUGGCACAAACUGACCCAACCUUUGGGAAGAGAAACUUUGAGCCAAUGCUGACUGUGGAGCUGUGUGGGACAGCAGGUCUCACACCGCCCACCACUCCACCAUACAAACCCGCCGAGGAGGACCUGUACAAGCCAGACAUCCCCCAGGAGCCAGGGAAGGAGGAUGGGAUUGCCCCCAGCCCCGGGGGCACCGGGGAUGUGGCAGCCUCGAGGAAAGCCCCCAGGAAGCACCCGGAGAGGACGGAGCUGUUCGCCCACCUGAGCCGGGCGGGCGCGCGCCCGCUCCCCGAGCAGCAGGGCCUGCUCAAGAGACCCUUCUCCCGCUCCUUCGGGGACCACGACUACUGCCAGGUGCUGAAACCCGAGCCUGCCCUGCAGAGGAAGGUGCUCAAGUCCUGGGAGCCCCCGAGCCAGGUGGAGACAGAGCACAAGAGGAGGGUCCCGGCCGCUCACUACCAGGGACUGGAGCUCAGCAAGGACGUGGGCACUGAGAUGAUGUGGAAGGAUGGAGUCAAGCAGCUGAGAGACCAGGAGAUCAGAGCCAGCUUAACAAAGCACUUUGGCUUUCUGGACAGUGCCCUCGAUGAUGAGGACAUGGUCUUCUGCAAGACCCCCGAGUACGACACCGUCUUUGAGGACAGCUGCAGUGAGAGCGGCUCCCCCGGGGAGGAGGAGGAGGAGGAAGAGGAGGAGGAAGAGGAGGAGCAUGGCGACACCAAGCUGUGCCUGAGGAGAAACCCCCUUUCCAGGACCAGUUUGCAUUACUGCUCCAGGAGCAGGUCCAGCUCGGGCUCCUCGUGCUGCCGCUCGCGGUCACCUGCCAGCAGACGCCCCUUCAGGUGUGAGAACGGCGAGCAGUGUCAGGGUGGCAGCGGGCAGCGGGGCCAGCUGAAGAAGAGACGGGAAAAGGCCAUCGGGGAAGGCCGGGUGGUGUACAUCAGAAACCUCUCCAGCAGCAUGAGCUCCAGCGAGCUGAAGAAACGCUUCGAGGUGUUUGGUGAAAUCGUGGAGUGUCAGGUCCUGUCCAGGACUAACAGGGGGGAGAAGUACGGCUUCAUCACGUACCGCUACUCCGAGCACGCCGCCUUAUCGCUGAAGAACGGCCCCUCGCUAAGGAAGAGGAACGAGCCCUCCUUCCAGCUCAGCUCUGGUGGCCUGGGGCGCUUCUUCUGGACCAGAUACGCUGACCUGGAUUGCAGCACGGACGAGUCCUCCCCAGCUCCGGUGAAAAGCAAGUACGAGACCAUGGAUUUCGACAGCUUGCUGCAGGAGGCUCAGCUCAGCCUGCAUCGGUAACAGCCUUAACCUUGGAGGAAUACCUCAAUACCUCAGUCAAGGCACUUCCAAUAUGUUUACGUUUUCAAAGAAAUUAUUCAGUCUAUGGCAAGA